GUCCGCCUAAGCAGGGAGGGCGCGGUGGCAGGGUACGGCAUGUUGGCCGCGGAGGAGCUGGAGGCGGGAGAAGUGCUGUUCAUCAUCCCUCGCACGGCCCUGCUGUCCCAGCACACCACCUCCAUCCCCGCCCUCUUGGAGGAAGCCCGGGAGUCCCUGCAGAGCCAGUCUGGCUGGGUGCCCCUUCUCUACAAGCACCAAGCCAGCAGCUCCCACUGGCAGCCCUAUUUCUCCCUCUGGCAGGACUUCCGGAGCCUGGAUCACCCCAUGUUCUGGCCUGAAGAAGAGCGAACAAGGCUCCUGCAGGGCACAGGCAUCCCAGAAGCUGUGGACAAGGACCUGGCUAACAUCCACCUGGAGUAUAGCUCCAUCAUCCUGCCUUUCAUGGAGUCCCACCCCGACAUCUUUGACCCCAAACUGCACACCUUGGAGUUGUACAAGGAGCUGGUGGCAUUUGUCAUGGCCUACAGCUUUCAGGAACCUUUGGAAGAGGAAGAUGAAGAUGAGAAGGUGCCCAAUCCUCCCAUGAUGGUGCCUGUAGCAGAUAUUUUGAAUCAUGUGGCCAACCACAAUGCCAACCUGGAAUACUCUCCCCAAUGUUUGCGAAUGGUCACAACACAGCCCGUUGGGAAGGGACAGGAGAUCUUCAACACCUAUGGGCAGAUGGCCAACUGGCAGCUCCUGCACAUGUAUGGCUUCGCAGAGCCCUUCCCGGGCAACACCCACGACACAGCAGACAUCCAGAUGGUGACAGUGCACAAAGCAGCCUUGCAAUGUGCCAAAACUGAAGCACAGCAGCAGCUGGUCUCAGAGCAGUGGGAUUUCUUGUGCCAGCUGGAGAUGGUGGGGGAGGAAGGCGCCUUUGUGCUUGGCUGGGAUGAGGUGCUGACAGAGGAAGAGCUGUCCAUGACCCUGAAGGUGCUGUGCAUGUCAGAAGAAGAAUUCAAGGAGUAUAAGGAACAAGAUGGCUGGGAAGAUGACAGUGAGGAGGAGGAAAACCCUACCCUUUCAAACGAGGCUCUAUCCAGACUUAAAAGCCCUUGCAAGAAGCUCCUUUAUGACAGUGUGCUGCUGACCCUGCAGUCCUACAGGUCAGACCUGAAAGCAGAGCAGGACUUGCUAAACAACAAGGAGGCUUAUGAGAAACUGAGUCGAAGGGAGCAGCAAGCUCUGCAUGUGCGCUAUGGACAGAAAAGGAUCUUGCAUCAGCUGCUAGAGCUGGUAGGCUAGAAACCUCACCAGCCCUGGACAUGACCUGCCUGGGACUGAUCCACAGGGUGAAGGUCCUCUUGUCCCCCCUUCUGCAGCAGGGAGGACAGAUGGCAAGACUGACUAUGGGCCCACCUGUCCCUCAUAUGCCAUGUGGCUUUUUUAGCUACCUCUACAUAAAGUAUCUUCACAGCACAGAA